AUGUCACCACCCGGCACGAUUCCCGCUCACCAUUCAGGCAAUACUCGCAAGCACCCUCUCUGUGGCCCAACAGGUUACAAGUGCCGUGGAAAGCAAAUAUUACCGCGAAUUGACUUAGUGCGAGCCGGCCGACCAGUAUUCCUCGAUGUCGAAGGUAUAGAGUUGACCGACCUCUCGAGCGUCCUCAUGAAAGGCGUUGCACGAGUGAGCAUUGUCAACGAAAGAGAUGAGAUGAUUCUCGACACCUUCGUCUCCUACCCCAGCGAUGUCUCUCACAGGCCAGGUUGGUAUAAGAGUGGCGUUGGAUGGAAAGAUAUCCGCCCAGACAACUUCGCACGUCCCAUCGGCGUGGUACUCCUCGAGCUCAAAGCCAUCUUCGACAAAGCGGGCACAGUCGUCGGAUACGCACUGGAGAAUGAGCAGCAGUAUCUUCGCGGUUUGCUGUGGUCACAUUGGCAUCUACGUGACACACAACGCUUUUCUGGAUUUUCUAAGUACGCCGGGAAUCCUGAACAUCCCAGGCCGGGUCUCAAGGUUCUUGCGCUGAGCGUAGCCGGUAUCAAAAUCCAGGAGAAAGUGCAUUGCAGUGUCCAAGAUGCUCGCGCGACGCGGAAGAUCUACUCUAUGCAUUCUGAGGGGAUCGAAAAGGAGCAAAGUGAGGCCGAAUUGCAGGUGAAGUUGCUGUACACCAACUUCCCGCGAGAAUAUAACCCGGCGACAGAUCCUACUGCGAAGUACUUGGUGGCAACGGACCUCACGAAAUGGAUGCAGAAUCUUGAUACUGAGCCACAAGCUCUCUCCGACUCCGUCACGGCAGGCGAAGCCAAAGAGGGUGCAGACGAGAUAGAGGCAAAGUUGUGA